AUGGAUAUUAUAACCCUAGUGUCGAAAGAUAAUGUUGAAUUUGAAGUUCCUAAAGAAGUCAUAAUCAUAUCACAAACCCUAAAAGCGAUGGUGGAUAGCCCUUUCAUUGAAAACAGUGGAAAAAUCACGUUAACUAAUUUCGAUUCUCCCGUUUUAGCAGUUAUUGUUGAUUAUUUAAAUUACAAUUUUAAGUAUAAAGAUGAGGAUCCAACUAAAGUUGAUAUUCCGGAAUUUGAAAUUCCCACAGAGCUUUCCUUGGAACUAUUAUUGGCUGCUGACUAUUUGAAUAUUUAA